GGCCCCCAAAUUAAUAAUAUGGCCUCCUUUCCUCUCCAAAUAUCCCUUUUUUACUGUUCACCACAACAAACCACCCUCCCUCUCUUCCAUUUUGGGGGCUCUUCUGUAAACUUGUACUACACAUUUACAGGUAGUCUAUGAUUCAAAAAGCCUGUUCUACUUCUACAUACAGUUUACAGAAAUCAGACAUGGGGUAGCCUACAAUUUUAGGUUUAUGGAGCUCUACUCCUUUAGGGUUUUUUGAUUUCUUUCUUCUCUAAUGGCUUCUGGGUAUGAGUUGUAUUUGUGUGGCAGCAGCUCCUUUUGGGAUAGGCAGUGGCAGUAUCAGGGUUCUUUCAGAAAUUUGCCACAAAUCAAGAUUCAAGAUUAUUCAUUUUUGUUGUGAUUUGGGGUUGUGAUCUUUAAGAAGCUGGAGCAGCAACUGAUUCGUUGUUUGACGCUGGAUUCUCAGAGGAAUUAUCGCCAUUUUUAUCGGAGUCAAGAACUGUUGAAUGUAGGGGAAGAAGACGAAGAAGAAGAAGAAGAAGAAGAAGAAGAAGACGACCAGAUUGAUUUCCAUGGAUUCCAUCAAAAUCAUCGACAGUUUCACCAGAAUCAAGAGAUCCCAUCUCCCCAACACCGACUUUUUCACGGCGGAUUAGGUGUUCAGCCGCCGAGGCCACCGAAUAAACGCUCUUAUUUGCUUUCUUCUAACGAUACCGGAGAAGAAGAAGAAGAAUAUGCCCCCAAUUUGCCGGAAAAAAUGGCAGAAAAUUAUCAGUACCACCACCACGAACUCCACCAUCAUCCGGAGCAGAAACCAACUAGGCCGUCGAGAUUGGGGUUGAGGAACACCGGCGGCGGUGGAGAGAUUGUGGAAGUUCAGGGAGGUCACAUUGUACGGUCCACUGGCCGGAAAGAUCGACACAGUAAGGUUUGCACGGCGAAGGGACCAAGAGACCGCCGUGUCCGCCUCUCAGCUCACACCGCCAUCCAAUUUUACGACGUACAAGACCGCCUUGGCUACGACCGUCCUAGCAAAGCUGUCGAUUGGCUUAUUAAAAAAGCUAAAUCCGCCAUUGAUGAGCUCGCCGAGCUUCCCGCCUGGAAACCCACCGCCGCCACCAUAAAUCACGGUUCAACCACAAUUGUGAAUUUUGAGCAAAACCCAGAUGAUGAAAACCUAAAUCAUCAUCAAUUAAGUCAUUUGGAGGAACACCCAGAUGAUGAUAUUGUUGAUAAUCAUAUGGUUAACACUCAAAACUCGACCUUUUUGCCAACAUCUCUUGAUUCAAACUCCAUAGCUAAUACAAUCAAGUCUUUUUUUCCGAUGGGUGGUGGCGGUUCAUCAACGCCGGUCAAUAUUAAUCCUUCAGCUAUGCAAUUUCACCGGAGCUUUCCAACGUCGGAGCUGCUUUCAAGACCCACUAGUAAUCAGAAUCAAGAUCUGAAACUUUCUCUUCAAUCAUUUCAAGAUCCAAUUCUUCACCACCAUCAACCACCACCGCACCACCACCACCACCACCACCAACAACAACAAGCAGCUGAACAAGGUAAUAAUAACAGCAUGUUUUUUGACGGGUCGGGUUGGCCGGAAAACCAGCCUGGUGGGUUCCAACGAUUGGUGGCUUGGGGCGGUGGCGGUGGCGGUGGAGACGCUGUUUCCACCGGAUUUGUUUUCAGUUCACCGCCGGCUGCACAGACGCCGGUGUUUCUGCAACCGUUGUUUGGCCAAACAACAAACAAUCAGUUGUUUAAUUACAUUUCUCAGAGGGGACCCCUUCAGUCCAGCAACUCACCUCCGGUUCGUGCCUGGGUCGACCCGCCGCCGUUUUCCGGCGCCGAUCAACAUCAAACACCAGCUUUUCAUCACCCGUCUUCCAUGCCUGGAUUUACCUCCGGCACGUUUCCCGGGUUCCAUAUUCCGGCACGAAUCCAAGGUGAAGAAGAGGAACACGAUGGCAUCUCCGAUAAGCCGUCCUCUGUUUCCUCCGAUUCUCGCGAUUGAUUCAAUCUCCAUUCUUGAUAAUCCUUUCUCCAAAAGGAACAAGUUUACAGCUUGAACGAGAGGCACCCAGAAAGGUAUCAAUUUGUUGAAUCCAAUGGCUUCUUUACACAGUGAGAAGAACAAAUCUGAGUUUGAUUCAGGUUUUUCUAUCACAGUUUAUUUUAUUUCAAGAAUCAGUUUUCAUGUUUGAAUUGAGCUAUCUGUUUAGCUCUAGACUCUGUUUGGAUUUCCUUUUUGUGUUUUCUGUUUCAAGACUAUAAAUUCAAUGCCCCAAUUACUUCUGUUUCCUUAAAUUUAGCAACUAAUUCCACUUUGGUUCU